AUGACCAAGGAGCGCCUGCAGCAGAUUGUUUCUCGCAUGCAGCAACUCAAAGCUAGCGGUCAGACCGAGCAAUCCAACCAGGAAUACGCGUCGCUCGUCCAGACCCUCAAGGCGUUCCAAUACUUGCAACAGCUGCGUAUGCAGCAGCUCGCGUCACAGCAACCGACCCCACCUGCGGACGCCGCGGCAUCGUCCAACGCACCAGGCACCCCUUCGGCAGACGCGGCGCCCAACGCCGCCAACGUGUCGUUUCCGGGCGGCAGCGGCCCAGCGCUUUCGAACGAGCAGCUCUCUACGCUCCGCAACCAGGUUGGCGCGUUUAAGCAGCUCGCACGGAACCAACCGAUGCAGGGUCAGCUCCAAAGCACGCUCACUGACGCGCCGAAGCCGGACGCCGAGGCCAAGACCACGCCGCCGACCAGCACCACCGUCACGGCCAAGCUCGCGGACGCGGCCGCCGACUCGCACGCCGCGCUCCUCGCUGCGAACGGCACCGAGGCGCUCAAGUCGUCCGAAACAACGACACCGAAGCCGGCGUCGUCCGACGAGUCGUCCGCCGACGCGCCUCGUGCCGCGACGCCCCAGGACGAUCCGUCGAGCUCGGUUUAUCCCUAUAACGCGUACUUGCAUCCCUUUACGCUCCUGGCCAAGCCCAGCACCAAGGGCGGCGACGACCUCGCAUCGAUGCAGCAGCGACUAUUGAUUCCGAGUCUGCUGCCGGCUGGCAUCGACGCUCGCCUCCUGCUGGAGGAGCGCGACCGCUUUGUGCGUGGGCGCAUCCAGCAGCGCAUCCGCGAGCUGGAGUCUUUCCCGUCGACCAUGGCCCAGGUGCCGACGGCCGACGCGGCUGCGCAGUACAACCAGACUUCGCUGCAGGACCAGCUGAGCGGUGCCGCAGGCCGCGGUCACAACGCCAAGGUCAAGGCGCUGAUCGAGCUCAAGUCGCUGCACCUCCUCGAGCGCCAGCAGCAGCUGCGCGAGAAGGUCGUGGCCAGCAUGCAGCUUGCCACGACCCUCGGCCUCGACCGCUCUGCAUUCCGGCGUGUUCGCAAGCAGGCGCUGCGUGACGCUCGUGUCACAGAGCAGCUCGAGCGCAAGCAGCGCACGGAGCGCGAGCGCAAGGCGAAGCAGCGCCACACGGACUAUCUGUCCAUGAUCUGUGCGCACGGAAAGGACCUCUUGGCUGCUCAGAACAAGGCGUCCGACCAGGCGCGGCGUAUCGGCCGCCUGGUGCUCAAGUUCCAUGUGGAUACAGAGCGCGAGGAGCAAAAGCGUGUGGAGCGCAUCGCCAAAGAGCGUCUGAAUGCGCUCAAGGCCGACGACGAAGAGGCCUACUUGAAGCUCAUUGAUACCGCAAAAGAUACGCGUAUUACGCACCUUCUGCAACAGACCGACGCUUACCUGGACAACCUCGCCCAGGCCGUGCAGGCGCAGCAGAACGACGAUGCCCACGCCGACUUUACCGUGGACAAGCGCAUGACGGCUGACGACGGACAAGGCGUGGACGAGACGACGUUUGGCGCCGCCCGCCAGGACGACCCCGGCGAAGACACUGGUCGUGUAGACUACUACUCUGUGGCGCAUCGCUACUCGGAGAAGAUCACGGAGCAGCCCUCAAUUCUUGUGGGUGGCAAGCUGAAGGAGUACCAGAUGAAGGGUCUGCAGUGGAUGGUGUCUUUGUACAACAACCGACUGAACGGUAUUCUUGCUGAUGAAAUGGGUCUCGGCAAGACCAUCCAGACCAUCUCUCUGAUUACCUUCUUGAUCGAGUCCAAGAAACAGAACGGACCGUACCUGGUGAUUGUGCCGCUCUCCACGUUGACCAACUGGGUGAACGAGUUCAACAAGUGGGCGCCGUCUGUUUCGACGCUCGUGUACAAGGGUACGCCGAGCGUGCGUAAGCAGCUGGCCGCGCAGCUCAAGAUGGGCACUUUCCAAGUACUCUUGACCACCUAUGAGUAUAUUAUCAAGGAAAAGAACCUCUUGGGCAAGAUCAAGUGGACCCACAUGAUUAUUGACGAGGGUCACCGCAUGAAGAAUACCCAGAGCAAACUCACUGUGACGCUGACGCAAUCCUACUCGAGCCGGUACCGUCUCUUGCUGACGGGUACGCCGCUGCAAAACAAUCUGCCCGAAUUGUGGGCGCUGCUCAACUUUGUGUUGCCCAAGAUCUUUAACUCGAUCAAGAGCUUCGAUGAGUGGUUCAAUACACCCUUUGUCAACACCGGCACUGGUGAGAGCAACAUGCAGCUCAACGAAGAAGAGGCACUACUCAUCAUCAAGCGUCUGCACAAGGUCCUGCGUCCCUUUUUGCUGCGCCGUCUUAAGAAGGACGUCGAGAGCGAGCUGCCCGACAAGGUGGAAAAGGUUAUCAAGUGCCGCAUGAGUGCGCUGCAGGCCAAGCUCUACCAGCAGAUGAAGAAGCACAAGAUGAUUGUGAGCGACAUCGGUGGGCCGGGCAAGGGUGCAAAGCCGACAGGUAUCCGUGGUCUGCAAAACGCCAUCAUGCAGCUGCGCAAGAUCUGUAACCAUCCCUACGCGUUUGAGCAGGUCGAAGCGGCGAUCAAUCCUACGAAAGAGAACGGCCCCGACCUCUUCCGCGUCGCCGGCAAGUUUGAGCUGCUCGACCGCAUCCUUCCGAAGCUCUUUGCUACGGGCCAUCGCGUUUUGAUUUUCUUCCAGAUGACGGCGAUCAUGGAUAUUAUGGAAGACUUUAUGCGUUUCCGUGGCAUCAAAUAUCUCCGUCUCGACGGUUCAACCAAGCCCGAUGACCGCUCCGUCCUCCUGCGCGAGUUUAACCAGCCCGACUCGGAGUACGACGUGUUUAUUCUCUCUACGCGUGCAGGUGGUCUCGGUCUCAACUUGCAAUCUGCAGACACGGUCAUUAUCUACGACUCGGACUGGAAUCCGCACCAGGAUCUCCAGGCCCAAGACCGUGCGCACCGUAUCGGCCAAAAGGUCGAAGUGCGCAUUCUGCGUCUUGUUACGGAGAAAUCAGUCGAAGAGACGAUUCUGUCGCGUGCUCAGUCCAAGCUUGAAAUCAACGGCAAGGUCAUCCAGGCCGGCAAGUUCGACAACCAGGCCACGGCGGACGAGCGCGAGCUGCUGCUGCGUGCCAUGCUGGAAGCGGACAAUGAGGACGAGGACGAGGAGGAGCACGGGGAGCUCAACGACGACGAGCUUAACGAACUCCUGGCGCGUACCAACGACGAAGUCGCGCGCUUCCAGGAAGUCGACCGCGAGCGCCACGCCGACGAAGAAGCCGAGUGGCAUGCGCUUGGCAACACGGGCCCCGUGCCCGAGCGCCUGAUGCAAGAGAACGAGCUGCCGGAAAUGUACCGCCGCGACUUUGACGCGGAGGCGAUUGACGGCAGCCAGGAAGAGCAGCCGCUGUCGCGCCGCCGCAACGUGGUGCACUACGACGACGGUCUCACUGAAGAUCAGUUCCUCCGUGCUCUCGAGGGCGACCAGGACCUGGGCGACGUCGUGGAGCGCAAGCGCGAGCGUGCCGAGAAGCGCCGCUUGAAGCAGAGUGGCCUCUUGGAGACGGACGUUGACACGUCGGGCGCCGACACGCCCAAGCUUGGCCGCAAGCGCGCCAAGGACGGAAGCAGUGCUACGGACACGCCCGACCCUUCGUCGCCGGGCGAGCUGGCCUCGGGCGAGAAGAAGCGGAAGCUCGGCGGCGCACUCGACGCGAUGGCGUCCCCCGCCGAACUUUCGGAUGCGCUGAACAAACGCCGCAAGGUGGACGAGAAGAGCGAUGCGCUCAAGGCUGCCCUCCAGCAGUGCUACCGCGCGGUGGAGCAAUGCGAGGAGGAAGAAACCGGCCGCCAGCGCUGUGUGCUCUUUAUCGAUAUCCCGAAGAAGAGCGAGUACCCCGACUACCAUGUGCUUAUUCCGCAGCCGAUCGCCUUGCGGCAGAUCCGCAAGCGUAUUGAAUCCAAGGCGUACAAAUCGCUGGAAGCGUGCAAGAGCGAUUUCCAUUUGAUGUUUAACAAUGCUCGGACCUAUAAUCAAGAGGGUUCGUUGGUUUGGAACGAUGCCGAAGAGCUGCAGAAAGUCUUUGACGAGACCUAUGAGCAGGUCCAGCAGCAGCUCGAGGCACAAGAGAGCGAGAGCGAGGCACACGACGCUGAUUAUUCCCAAGGGGAAGUACCUGUAUCACUAGAAAGCCCUAUGGACGCGGAUGAAGGAGAGCCCCAACAGCGUGCGCCGGGCAAGGUGGGCAUGAAAAUCAAGCUUUCCAUGGCCGGCCGCAAGAAGCGCACUCCAUAG